GGUUGUCCGGAACCGCGCCUGGCCCGAGGUCGCCGAGGAGAGGCCCUGCGACACCGCCCCAUGGCCGCCGCGCUGCUCGCCCGGGCCUGCGGCCCCGUCCGCGGAGCCCUGUGUCCCCGCAACUGGCGUCAGUUACACACCAUCUACCAGUCCGUGGAACUGCCCGAGACACACCAGAUGCUGCGUCAGACGUGCCGGGACUUCGCAGAGAAGGAGCUGAUGCCCAUCGCGGCCCAGGCAGACAAGGAGCACCGCUUCCCGGCAGCGCAGGUGAAGAAGAUGGGCGAGUUGGGCCUUCUGGCCAUGGACGUGCCCACGGAGCUGGGCGGGGCGGGCCUGGACUACCUGGCCUACGCCAUAGCCAUGGAGGAGAUCAGCCGCGGCUGCGCCUCCAGCGGGGUCAUCAUGAGCGUCAACAACUCCCUCUACUUGGGACCCAUCAUGAAGUUCGGCUCCCAGGAGCAGAAGGCUCAGUGGGUCACGCCCUUCACCAGCGGCGACAAGAUCGGCUGCUUUGCCCUCAGUGAACCAGGGAACGGCAGUGACGCCGGAGCCGCCAGCACCACUGCCCGGGCGGACGGGGACUCGUGGGUCCUGAACGGCACCAAAGCCUGGAUCACCAAUUCCUGGGACGCCUCGGCCACCGUGGUCUUUGCCAGCACAGAAAGGUCCUUGAAGAACAAGGGCAUCAGCGCCUUCCUGGUCCCCAUGCCGACCCCCGGGCUGACGCUGGGGAAGAAGGAGGACAAGCUGGGCAUCCGGGCCUCGUCCACCGCCAACCUCAUCUUCGAGGACUGCCGCAUCCCCAAGGAGAACCUGCUGGGGGAGCAGGGCAUGGGCUUCAAGAUCGCCAUGCAAACCCUGGACAUGGGCCGCAUCGGCAUCGCCUCCCAGGCGCUGGGCAUUGGCCAGGCCUCCCUGGACUGUGCCGUGAACUACGCCGAGACCCGCAUGGCCUUCGGGGCGCCCCUCACCAAGCUGCAGGGCAUCCAGUUCAAGUUGGCGGACAUGGCGCUGGCGCUGGAGAGUGCCCGGCUGCUGACCUGGCGCGCUGCCAUGCUCAAGGACAACAAGAAGCCUUUCACCAAGGAGGCGGCAAUGGCCAAGCUGGCGGCGUCGGAGGCUGCGACGGCCAUCAGCCACCAGGCCAUCCAGAUCCUGGGGGGCAUGGGCUACGUGACCGAGAUGCCCGCCGAGCGCCACUACCGGGAUGCCCGCAUCACCGAGAUCUACGAGGGCACCAGUGAGAUCCAGAAGCUGGUGAUCGCCGGGCACGUGCUCAAGAGCUACCGGGGCUGAGCCCGGGCGUCAGGAGGGAGGGGCGCCACAUGGCCAGCCAGGGCGGGACCUGCUGGAAGGGCCUGGACUGCCGGAGGACACGCCCACUGCGCCCCUGCACCUCUGUGCCUUGUUUGCCACCGGCCCGGGGCCAGUGGCCAGUUCUGGGUUCUGGGCCGUGGGCCCCCGGCGUCAGCGGGAGGCGGUGGACAGGCUGUGGGCCCCAGGUCGGGCUGGGCUGCUCUGCGGCCCCCAGCCCCGUCCCUGCUCCUCUGCUGCGCGCCUGCGGGGGGGCGGGUCUGCAAUA